AUGAAACAAAUAAAAUAACCUAAUCAAAUAAUAAAGAUCCUCUAAAACAAAAAUAGUGAAGAUAAUUAAGAGUUAAUAUUUGUUUAAGAAUAUUCUUUGGUACAACUAAAAGAAAAUAAUAUAAAUACAAUUUAUUAGGUUAAUGAUAAGAUACUUGAUGCUCUGUCAAUUCACUAUCCAUUAAAUAUAUUUCAAAUUGCUAUAUUAUAUGAGAAUGGGCAUGUUGAAUUAUACUAGCUUUAGACUGGAGUCACUUUUUCAUUGAGUUUUAAAAACAAAAUUAAUAUGCCAUAUAAAUUAUAUUAUGUGGAAGGAAUACUUUAUGUAUCAGAUUACAUUUAGGGAAUGAUUUAAAUUAAUUUGAAAAGUAAAUCAAUUUCAGAAUUUUAAAAUAAGGAAGCAAAAGUUUUGAGUGUUAAUGAAAUCAAAAAUAAUGCUUAAAUCUUUUAUUAUACAACAAAAAAACUAAUUAAAUAUGAUCAAUUCUCACAAUAAGAAAUUUGUUUAAUUUAAAAUCAACAAAUUUAACAAUUUUCAAACAUAUCUCGUAUAUAUGUAUCAAAUAAUAUUAUGGUACUUUAUUCUUAUAAAGCAUUGUAAUUUUAUUAAUUAAAUCCAUUUAAAGAAAUAAUUAAUUAUAGUUAGCUCAUAAGAAAUCGAAUAAUUGAUGUAUUGGAAUAUGGAAUUAAUCAGCAUAAAUAUCUAAUAGUUCAAGAAAAUGGGUAAAUCGACUUAAUAACCAUAUAAAUUGAGUAAAAAAAAUCAAAUCAUCUUAAUUUAAUAAAUCUGGAUAUCGAAGAUGUUAGAUUAAGUUAUUUAUUUGAUAAUGAAUGCUUAAUUAUAGUCUCAAGUUAUGGAAUAUCAAUUUUUGAUUAAAAUUUCCUUUUAAGUUCCUAAUUAGAAUUACCUACAAGCACUAUAAAUAUUUUUGAAUUCCAAAAUAAUUUAUAUGCAAUUAAAAAGUAUAAUAAUUAUACUUAACCAUUUGUUCUUAAAGAAUGUAGAAAUAUUGAUAAAAAAUAGAUUGUUUAGAGUUUUGAUCAAAAAAUGAAUAUCAAACAAAUUUUUUAAAUUAACCAAUAUCUGAUAAUUAUUACUGUAAAUCAAAUACUCCUUUAUGAUGAAAAUAAACAAUUGCAAGUUUUAGGUUAUUAAAGCUAUUUUUAGAAUUCUAUAAUUUUAGAUAAUUAGUACUUGUUAUUAUCAAAUGAUUAAAAAUUGUAAUUAUAUUACAUUUAAAAUGGGAAAUUAUAAUUGAGUGAUUAAAUAGAAUAAGAAGCAAUUUAAAUUAAAUCACAUUUUUAAUAAAAUCAAGCAACAAUAUUUAAUGAAAAUGGAUAUAUUUAAUUAUAUUAAGUUGAUUAAAGUAAACUAAUAUUUUAAGGUUAAUCAAAUAAAUAUUUAGAUUUAAGUAGUUAUUAUAUAGAUUAAUAAAAUCUAAUAAUUUGUAGAUUUAAUUGUUAAUUAGAUUUAUUUAGAUUUCCAUUUACAACAUAAAUUAAUGAAGAACCAUUACAUUCAUAUUAAUUAAAUUCUAUAGCUAUGUUGAUAAAUUAUGAUUAGAUUAUUAACGAAUACUAAGUAAUAUGUUAGAAUGGAUAAUAUUAUAAGUUUGAUAGUGAAUUGAAUUUAAAAUAAAUAAUUAAUCCAUUUGGUUUAAAUAAUAUUGUUUUAGGUAUUUAAAAUUUCUAAAAUAACUAUGUAAUAAAUAUGUAGUAAUAGAGAGUAUAAAAAUAUUUAGGAAUCGAUAAUAUAAAUGAAUAUAACAUAAAAAUUAAUUAAAAUGAUGAACUUUUUUUAAGUAAUAAAAAUGAACUUUAUUUGUUAAAUAAUUUAAGUUUAGCUAAAAUAUAAUUAAAAGAAAAAGAAUUAGAUUUCUUGAAUGCAAAUUUUACUAAAAAUAAAGAAUAAAUAUUAUUGUUAAAGGAUAACAUUCUAAUAACUGAGACUUCUGUUUAUAGAUAUUUAUUAGAGUCUUUUGAAUUGAUGUAGAAUUUUUAAGAAGAAGGAAAAGUUAUAUAAAUAGCAGAUAUUUAAGGAUAAUAUGUUGUAUUAUUGUUUGAGGAUUCUUCACUCUGUACUAUGUAAGUACAUGAAGAUGGAUAGAAAAAUUUUUAAAUAUAUUAAAUAAAAGAGAAUUAUAAAUUUUAAAAUAUAAAGUUGUCAAAAGAUAUUAUAAUAUUAACAUAUUAGAAUGAAGUAACAGUCUAUUCAUUAAAUAAAUUUGAAAAGCUUGAUUAAUUUAAAGCUAUAUAUCCAGAUAAAAAUGUAACUGUGGAUGAAUAAAUUGUUUAGAUUUAAAUUGAUACACAUUCUGAUUCAUAAUUAAUUUUGACAUUAUUAAUUUAAUAUGCAGGAAUUGUAAUAAUCUAUUUAAAAUUAAAUAAAAACAAUGGAAUAACAAUAGCAAAAUUACAUAAAGUAUAUAUUAAAUAUUUAUAUAUAGAAAAUACAUUCUCCUAUAGAUAAUUCUGAACAUUUAAGAAUGCAAAUAUAUUAAUCAACAUGCUAAUUAUUUAAUACAAAAAAGGAAUAUUAAGUACUUAAGCAAGUUCAUCAUUUCUUUGAUUCUAGUCUAUAGCCAAUUUAGAAACCAAUAUUAAUGAAUGAUUGUAUCAUAGAUUCAAUAAUUUUUGAUGAAGUAGUUUAUUAUAUAGGUAUUUGUGGGGCUUUAUGGAGUUUAAAUUUAGAUUGA